UACACGAGUACGAGUACGAUCCCGCAUCGUGCACCCGGGUACUGGAGCUGAAGUAUACGUUGAUAUCAAAGGAGCUUUUAUGAUGAUACAAGAUAAGCCCUGACCUGAUAGCCAUCAUGUCGUCAUCAAGGAAAAAACACAUUCUGCCGGAGAUGAAAAAGAUUCUCGAGCAGAGAAAAGCUGAACUUGAAUUCAAUGAACGAGAAAUAAUACAGCAUGUGAGAUACAUUUCUGAAGAGACAAUGGGGCAGCUGAAGGAACUGCUGAAGGAGACGGACAAGAAGAAGUUCCUCAAGGCUUUUCCUACUGUCAGUAUCAAGAUGGAUAAAAGUCUAACGGCUCUCAUGAUGAUCAAAGCAUCUCUGCCCAACUUUGAAUCAGAUGAGAGUUCUACCGAUUGCGCAUCUGAUGAAGAGACACCUGAGGCCUGUGAUACGCCCACUGUGGAAGACAGGACUGAUGAUUCUACCACAGAGAUUGAGCAGUCUCCGGCUUCGGCUCCAGCUCCCCUUGUCACUCCAGGCACAGAGAAUGAAGCCUGUGGGUCGAGCACUAAUAACCAGACCAAUAGCAUUGAUACAACAGAGUCACGUGGAAGCUCUUCUACGCUGCCGUCUUCCAGCUCCCAGCCGUCUGUUUCACCGAACCAAAAGUCUACCUCAUCAGUCAGUAAUGAAUCUGUGGAUAAGAGUAAAUACAUAUCUCCACCUCCGGCUUCAUCGGGUGAUCCAGCAAGCUUGCCAGGCAUAGCAACAAAGCCACUUGAAGCUACCCAGGAGAAGACGGUGCCAUCGGGACUGCUGCCAUCCGUUCCUAAAGAGAUCGUUCCUGUAGAUCUCCCGGUUGGUAUGAGGGUUGAGGUGGUGGUUAGUGAAGUGGUGUCGCCCUCUAUCUUCUGGAUUCAACCAACACAAUCUAGGAUUGAAGCUCUGAUGGAAGAGAUAAGGAAAUACUACAGUAGUGUCGUGAAGCUGCCACCCCUUCAACCUAAGGUUGGGAUGUACUGCUGUGCUUGCUUUACAAACGACGACUGCUGGUAUCGAGCACGCAUCAUAGCCAUACACCUAAGUCCUACUUCAGUCUUGGAAGGAGUCGGUGUACAUGUAGAUGUGAUUUACAUUGAUUACGGUAACAGGGAGCGCAUCCCAGACUCUCGUCUCCGCCCGCUUCAUCCUCGCUUCAUGAGUGACUCGGCUCAGGCAGUGUGCUGCAAGCUAGCUAGAAAAAUUGUUUCAAGAACGGAAGGUGUCUUCCAGCUUGCGUUAAUGAGCACCAAUAUAAAAUCGCUUCUUGCAAGUGAUGCGGGGAAGAUUAUCUUCUUGAGCAAUGAAAUAGUCAAGCCAACAGGGAAAGGGGUCAGCCACUGGACUACCGAUGAAACAGAAUUCUUCACCCAAAUGACAUUUGGACGUAAACUGACUGCCAUAGUAGUUCGCCAGCCAGGCAGUAGUACCAGCAGCUUUGAUCUACCAGCAGUGGACUUACUGUUUGAUCACUACAUCAACGAGAAGGAAACUGGACUAGUGGAUGUUAGCAAGUUGAUGGUGAGUAAGAAGCGUGCAUUACCAGACGAUCAAUGCUCUACCACGGAUUCUUACUACUCCCAGACAACACACACCACAGACAGUGAUGUCUGCCAAUCACCAAACGUUGCUGCCGCCACAGAUGUCUCUCAGUCUGUAACACUUACUCCAUCACAAGAACAAGGCAAGGAUCAGGGCCAUGAGGCAGGACAGCAAGACAGAAAAGAAAGCGGAUCGUCGAGUGGUAAAAAGAAGAAGAAAAAGAAGACCAAGAGAUCCAAGAGACACCAUGAUCCUCAGCUAUCGACAGAAGACACUGAUGUUCCGUAUGAAGAGGGCAGAGAUGCUAGACAACUUGCCAAGGAGGAGCUGAGGAAGGAGAGUAGUACCUCUGAUACACCUGUCUACGAGAGUGAGUACACCACGGAGAAGAGGGUUCCAGGUCUUUGCAGGACACCCGAGACCAGCUGUACUGAUUCACCUGCAGGAAAGGCAUCAUUGGUUGUCAUGACAAAAGGACAGACAACUCCCCUUGGACACCAUGAUCAUGUGAUGGAUGGAGGGACACAGGGGAUUGAGAAGGACAGUCAUGAUCAGCAGGUUAGCUGUGGGUCAGAGAGUGCAAGGAGCAAUAGCCCUAAUUCUACCAGCGGUGUGUCUUCGGCUAGGAGUUUAACAUUUGUGCCUCAGAAGAGCCUCAGCGACACUCCUAGACCUGGUCUUGACACUCUCAACAAGCUGCAAGGAGAAUCCAAAAUCCCCAGCUCUCAGCGAAUGAACAGUCAAAAAGGAAAUGACAAACCCUUAGCAGUUGAAACGGCGAAAGAUCACAGCAAUAAGACAGCUAUGCACAUUGCUUCUUCUGCUGAAAAUGACCAUCUCACAGACUUAACGGAUCAGUUCUUUACAUGCGCUGAAGAUGCAAGUGAGGCAGACAGCACGGAUAGAGAAGUCGCCAAACCAAAGACCGACGGUCAACCGCAAUCGUCCCCUGCCAUCUCCAAGGUGGAUGUUAUCGGUCAGAAGUAUGUACCGCAGAGGACUCUGCGAGAUGGAGAGCAGAUCCAGUUUGCCAUGUCUCACGUUGUUUCUCCACUAGAUUUCUACAUCCAUCUCAUCACACCAGAGGCCCAGAAGAUGGACUACCUGCUUGAUGAACUCAACUCGGUCUACUCGGGCAUAGAGAGAGUGGGUGUUUACAGACCGCCCAUCUCGUGGCUGUCAAUCAGAGCCGUCUGCUGUGGAAAGUUUGGCGAGGAUAACAGGUGGUACAGAGGUGUGGUGAAGGACAUCAAGGGUGUGAGGGGAGUAGACGAUGGAAGACAUGUCCUGGUCAAGUAUGUAGACUUUGGUAACGAGGAAUGGAUUCCAGAAAGCAUGUUAUAUCCUCUAGAGAAUUACUUCUGUAGCCUUGCUCCACUAGCUUUCAAGUGUGGACUGGCAAGGAUUCACCCUCCAAUGACAGAUGAAACGGAAAAGACCAGCAAAGACUACAAAGGUACAUCGGCUGAGUGGUCAGAGGAGUGCAAACUCUCCCUGGUUGGAAUGAGUGAGUUUGAGAAGCUGCUUACUGGACAGGUGAUUCAUGUGGGAGGAAAACAGAAGGAAUGUACAUGGCUUGAAGUGAGAGACAACACAGAGGGAGAAGGGGUGUGUCUAAACCAAAGACUUGUUGAUCAAGGAUUGGCUUCUUCAUCUUACUACAAGAAGCAACCCCUUCAGGAACAGGAUGCUAUCCAGCAUGAAGCAUCCCCAUCAGACUGCCCUGACCCUAAGGAUGAGCCUGAAGGUGGACAAACGCCAGGGACCAUGGACACCACCGAGGGUCCAUCCAAGGAAGAGGAAGUGAUCAUCGAUCAUUGGAAUCCCAUGGUGCAACACUUCAGCUCGGAGACGAACAGCUAUGGAGUAGACAUGGAUGAUCCAGUAGUAGCUACCACUGGAAUGAAAUCAACUAUUGAAGGGAGAGUGUGCAAAUAUUAUGCAGCGGGUAGACGUUGCUAUAAAGGAGUGACCUGUCCCUUUGAGCACCCAAGGCGUGGUCAAGAGCUUCGAGAGCAGACCGAAGUGUUCUGGUGCAAUACAUCCGUCAGCUUACCCAAGGCAGGUCACUGGGUAGCCUUAGAGGUCACUGCUGUACAUACAUCAAUCCAUUUCUGGGUUCAGCUCCCAUUUGGUCCUAAACCUAUAGACCAGGCCCAGAGAGAAUGGACCGGUUUGAACCAGGUACCUGAAGAGAGGAAGGAAGAUGGAGAAACACUUACAGCUCUUCAAGAGUCUAUCAAUGCUAUCUACCAGAAGUCUUAUACACGUCGUGAGGACCUCUCUCUACUGGCGUUAGGAGAGAUAGUAUGUGCUCAGUUCAGUAAGGAUGAGAGCUGGUACAGAGCAAGGGUUGUUGAUGUGGAUGCAGAAGCCAAUACAGUACAGGUAUUCUAUGUGGACUAUGGUAACUGCGAAUGGUUGGUCAGAUCUAAAGUACGUCCUGCCAUGCCUCAGUUUCUUCACCUCCCGUUCCAAGCUGUAGAAUGCUUCUUGGGAGGAAUAGAACUCAUCAAACCGACUUCACUCAAGAAUCAAGAUCUUGACAGAAAAUUAUUUGAAGAGUUGACAAUGGACAAGAUUCUUGUUGGUCAUGUGGUUUCAAGUGAUGGAGAUAUCCUCCAUGUGGAACUCUACGACACGAUCAGCGCCAAACACGUCAACAUCGGAGAUGCUCUUGUGAAUGCUGGCUUUGCAAGGCACACCAAGACUCCCCAGACAGCAGAGAGACGCACUCCUAGGCAAGACACGACGGGAUAGUAAACCAAUGCCCUGCUGUUUUACUUCUAACAUUCAUCCAUUUGGCUAUCAACUUGGUCUUUCUGUGUUGAGGAAUGGAGUUGGGUUUUAUUCCUUGAACAAUAAGUCAUCUUUACUCCUUUUUAUGUUCCCCAAAUCAGUGUGGAAUCAACUCUGUGUUCACAUUACAUGGUCCAUACCCUGUGUCCGGAUUUACAGGUUUGCAGGGUAGGCCAGUGCAAUUUCUUAUUAUUUUUUAUAUUUUUUUUUAUUUAAACAAAAACUAAUGCAUUCUUCAAAUUUGUCUGUAAGUUAACCUCAUGUCCAUGCUGGUUGGACAAUAAUUGAACAUAUUUGCCAAUAGAAAAAAUUACAUCACACAAAUGACAUCUAGUUUUUAACAUAUCCGUCUGUUUUGAGGCAGGGCUUUAACUCAUAUCAUUUCACACAGAGGUGGUGCCCCUUUGAAUCCAGACAGACUAUAGGUUAAAAAAAAAAAAAAAAUUAUUAGAAAUAAUCUGCGAGAGAGAUCGUGAAAAGGCUGAAUUGACCAUAGCUUCCUGUAAGUCAACUGAAGAUUACUGGGGUUAAGUAUCAUAUUACCGAUGAUAGAAUAGUUCUGUACGUAGACAAGAUUUCAUUCUCGGUCUUGAUGAUAAAUAUAUGCUGUACAUGUAUAUCAGUGAGGUAAACUUUAGAUUUAUGUUUUACAUUACACUUUCAUUCCCUGUAAGUGAGCUUCAAAGCCAAAUGCUGUUAUUUCCCAUUCUCUUGCCCAAGCCUUGUGUACACAACAAAUAUAAAUAACACUAGUGUAGCAUAUGUACUCUGCAACCAGCUAUAUAAGUAUUUUUUGUUUAGGAUCGGUAGAACCUGUCCAAAAUCAUAGCAGAGAUUUUAUACCUAUGGAAAAUGCUAACACCCUGAGGUACUAAAGUUGUAAAUGUAGCCUUUUAUAAUAUUCUUUUGUAGCUUGGAUAACUCCUGGAAACGGAUUGGAUACCUGAGCUUUUAGAAACCCUGUAAAGAUAGUUAGUUCAGAGAUCUAUUUUGUUUUAUUAAUAUGUUUGAAAUUUGCAAAAGUAAACUCGUCGCAGCUGAAUUUUAUUUGCCAAAUGUAAUGCAUAAUGUUUUCUUCAGUAUUAUAAUUUUGUUAUUGUUCUUUUGUUCAGUGAGCCAUGCUGGUAGAAAGCAUUUGUCAGUUGCUUUCAGAGAUUUGUGUUCUUGUAAAUAAAUAGUUUUGAUGUUUGUUAUUAGACAUGAAUCUUCUCAUGCCACUAGAGUACUUGCCUAUAACUAAGAAUAUGAGGCUGAAAGAAACGAGUUGACAAUCACUGCCGAAAAGUUGUCGUCCAUGUUGUAUCUUAAGAAGCAAAAGGUACUGGUAAUCAAAUGUUGGUUUUAUCAUCACAAGAAUUUGUUUAGUGUAAAUAGCUGAUAAUUAGUUGGAUAUUUUGUUUUGUCUGUUUGUUUUUGUUACGUUGGAUUAUUCCACUAUUCCUCUUGAAUUGUCAGGUGCUUAUUUAAUACACCUGGAUCAAGAGGUAAAUAAGCUUGAUUAUGCAAUAAGUACUCACCAAGAUUAGGUCUUCUGAACUCAACCAAUCACAAUGAACCGCUUUAAAGAUCGGAUUGUUCAAAGUACAGAGCAAAUCAACUUCAGAAAAAACAGGUGUGGGACAUUCAGAAAUUAAAUAUUUUUGAAGAUAAUUAUGAGCAAGGGCAUGUAAGGAAUCACCAUUACAGUGUACUGUGAUUCUCUAAUUAUAUCAUUCAAAUGAUAUAACAUUUUGUGUACGGUACAUGAAUAUUUUUUUAACGUAAUGCUAUGUAUUGGGAUACAUAUUUGUUUCUUUUAAUUUGAAUUCAUGUAAAAUUUGACAUGAUGCACUGCCUUCCUGAAGUACAAUAAGUUUACUGUUUGGAAGUACACCUUCAGUAUAUUGUAGAAAUGUGAUUGGUAUUGAGAGCUUUCAAUAUCACUAUGUCUAUGAAAUGGACAUAUUGGUCUGUAUGAUACAAUUUUCUUUUUUUCCUUAUUACAGUUCAAACAGUUAUGCUGUCCAUGCUCAGUAUGAUUUUGUUAGCAUCAUGCACAUAAAAUCACCGUAUGAAAUAUCAGUGUUUGGAAAAAAUGAUUGGCAUGAUGUUGUCCAGGGCCCCCGUCUAUAAAGAGUUGAUAUCAAUCGCAAAUCAAUCGCAACUAU